UGACUAAUUUGAUGGAUGAUGACUUUGCAGAUGGAUAAAACUACUGCUUCCUCCUCAAGGGAGCGAGCCAAGUCCUUAUUUGAUAAGACUGUUGAGUUAGAAAACAAGCGUUGGAAGGCUGUUCAGGAUCGAAAUCCAUUUGACCCUAAUUUGUGGCAGCAAAUUCGUGAGAAUUACGAAGCAAUACUUUUUGAAGAUCAUGCCUUUUCCGAGCAGCACAACAUUGAAAUUAUACUGUGGCAGCUGCAUUACAAACGGAUUGAAAACUGUAGAGGACACAUCAAUGCUUUCUUGAAUUCUAGUAGCUCGAGCGCGGCAAACAAUGUUAAGGGUCCUUCUAGACUCGAUCAAAUUGCAAAACUGAAGCUGCAGUUCAGGACAUUACUUUCAGAAGCAACUGGGUUUUACCAUGAUUUGAUCUCAAAAAUUAGAUCCAAGUAUGGCCUUCCCUUGGGUUAUUUUUCUGAGGAUCAAGCGAGUCAAAACAUGGCUGAUAAAGAUGGAAAGAAGUUAGCAGAAGUUAAAAAAGGCUUGGUAUCUUGUCAUCGUUGCUUAAUAUACCUUGGUGAUCUGGCUCGGUAUAAAGGAUUGUAUGGGGAGGGGGAUUCCAAGAACAGAGAGUAUGCUGCUGCUUCAAGUUACUAUUUGCAAGCAGCUUCUCUAUGGCCAGGCAGUGGAAACCCCCAUCAUCAGCUUGCUAUCAUUGCUUCUUAUUCGUCGGAUGAGUUUGCAUUAACAUAUCGUUACUUCCGGAGUUUGGCUGUGGAGAGUCCUUUCCCAACUGCCCGUGAUAACUUGAUUGUUGCUUUUGAAAAGAAUCGUCAGACUUAUGCCCGAUUGUUUGUGGCUUCCAAAGACACAUCUAAGAAGCCGAUUGGUAAAGGAAGAGGUAAAGGAAGAGGUAAAGGUGAAGAUACUUCAUCGAAAGAUGCGAACUUGGUAGCUGGUCCUGAGAAGGAUAAAGUAACUAGUGCAAAUGACAUGCUGAAAGCAUUCUGCAUUAGAUUUGUUCGUCUCAACGGGAUUCUUUUUACCCGAACAAGCCUGGAGACGUUCUUAGAUGUGCUUACCUGUUCCACUACGGAGAACUUAAAACCUUUGAGUGGUUUGGAUUCAGCUUUUCAUGAAAAUCGAUUUCUGCAAGCUAGAGGUAAUGCGAGUAUUCAAGUGCCGGCAUCUAUUGGUUCCAACCUUUUGGGACUCCUUCAGGCGUCAACCCAGUCUCAGGCUUCGCAUUUGCAACAAGUUCAGACACAGGCAGUGAAUCCUCAGGCAGCCCAAUCAUUAGCUGCUGCACGACUUCAGCCAAUGCAAUCACAGGUCGCACAACUUCAACCACUGCCAUCACGGGUUGUGCACUUUCAACAAACUCAAGCUCCGCUUUCACAUGUUUCAUUGGUCCAGUCACAAUCUGCUUCUCUUGGUGGUGGUACCAAGUGGUUACCAGAAGAAGCUGCUUCUCUUGCUAGUAGCCAAUCUAGUUUUGCUCAGAUAGGUAAUGGUCAUGUGAUGAGAAAUGAGGUACAAGGAAAUCAUGGGGUUUCCUAUCACCCUGCACACUCAUUACCGGUCCACCAGUCGUACAAUGUCAAUGGUAUGGGUGGUAUGCCAUCUCAGUCACGAACUUCUGAAGCUGUGUUUCCACCCAAAAGUGAAACUGUUUCAUCAUCUGGAGUUAUUGCUGAUGGUCUGGGCGUCCAAUCUUCAAUAGCAAGAAAAAAUCCAAUCAGUAGAGCCUUUAGGCAUCUUGGCCCUCCGCCUGGGUUUAACACUGUCCCCUCUAAGCUGCAGAAGGAGCCAGUACCUGGUUCUGACUUGUCUGGCAACAAUCUAGCGGUUGAUGAUUACAGAUGGUUGGAUGGAUACGAAACUCAAUCUUCUCGAGGCGCUGGACUCAACAGUUCUUUGAAUUAUGCUUCUAAAUCGGAACAAAUGGGUACCAGCAAUGGAAUGAACGGGGCUGCUAAUUUCCCGUUCCCUGGGAAACAAAUUCCAACAUCACAGGUCCAAGCAGAUCUUCCUUAUUUUCAGAACCCUCAGAAAGACAGCUUUGUGAACCAAAAUCAUCAAUCAGCCCAACUCCCUGAGCAAUAUCAAGGACAGUCGACUUGGUCGAGUCGUCACUUUGUGUGAGAUCGGAAUGGAAGAGUAACACGGUUAGUGUUGUUCUGUUGAAGUCUCUAGUUGGAGUCUUUGUGGCCUUGGCUUCUUGUGGGGCACUUCCUACCUGACAGAUUCAGGACUCAGCUUAUGUUGGUGAAAGAGAUGUGGUUACAAGAAAGAAUGUAUGGUUCUGUGGAAAUGAUAGGAGUAAAGUGCCUUUCUCGUGCUACUUGAGGUGGAGAUGUUAGACCUUAUGAAUAAGAAAGGAAACGUACCUUGUGGCUCGCUCUCGAUAUCUGAAGCAGUUGAUGGCUGUUUUGCCCUGUUAGUCCUUUUUUUUUCUUUUGUCUUUCUUUUGGGUAUGAAUGUUGUUAGCUCUCCGUCCUCUUGCAGCUAUCUUUCUCUCUUGGAUUGUUUUGCUUUGCUUUUCCUGAACUUGGUUCUAUGUCUGUCUCAAACUUCUCUGUUUUGCUGUGUCAGUCUUAAGUGGAACCAUCAUCAUAAGGUGUGCGAGACCUUUGCAAUUGGUAAUGAAUAAAAAGGGACAUGUGUUGAAUGAAA